AUGUCUCUUGAUUAUGUUCCUUUCAAGCUCCUGGAGAUCAAUAUCCUAUCCGCCCAAGACCUUCCUGCAGUUUCCAAAAUGUUGCGCACAUUUGCUGUUGCCUGGAUUGGCCCUGAUCAAAAAUUAAGCACAAGAAUCGAUCAUCAAGGCCACACCAACCCCACCUGGAACUACAAGUUGGUUUUUCGGGUUGACAAGAAAUUUCUUCGGAAUGAAUCAUCGGCAAUAACAAUAGAAAUCUAUAAUGUUGCAUGGCUGCGUGACCUUCCGAUUGGAACAACACAUCUUUUCAUCAACCACAUUUCACCUCCUCUGAUGCCAAAUAGUCCAACUAUGCGAUCUGUUGCUCUUCAUAUUCGUCGCCCGUCAGGGCAUCUUCAGGGAAUUCUUCACGUUGGAGUCAACCUGAUAGACAAUGGGAUUUCAGACAGCCCCCUGAGGAGCGAAAUCAGCGCGUUCGCUUAUGAAAAUCAGGUCAUGGUACGGAAUGAUCAUCAGAACGUCCAAGAAGAAAGUGUCAUAGAAAAUGCUCAAGAAAAUAUUGAGCACAAGGAUUUUCAAAUCCAAGAUCAACCCUCCGUCAGCCAAAAAGCAUUGUCUAAUGAUGAUGUAGUCUCGAGCAAUGAAGGUAGCAAUGAUUUGAAGAAUCAAAUGCAAUUGAAGUUGAGGACGAGAAGCAUGGCCUCAACAAAUUUAUCAUUGGGUACUGUCAUGCAUCCUUUGCCAUCAGAGGUUGCAGAUAACCUGAAGAAGGGAUUUUAUACCACGGAUGCGGAUGAUUAUGGCAGCUCCAUAUUUGAGAAUUGGAGCGAGCCAAGUCAUCGUCUUAGUUUGAGAUCAAAAAAUGUGGAAUGGCCAUCGGAGGAACAAAUUCCACUGAAAAAAGAUCAUGAAGGCCACAAAUUAAAAAAGCACCACAAGGGCCACAAAACAGACGAUCAAGAGGGCCAUAAAGCUGUUCGACCAAAACGAAGGCGGCCCUCGGAUGGAGGAGGAUUAUUCUCGUGCUUUCUGAAAGGUUUUGAAUUUACUUUUGUCUGCGGGUCUAAGAAUAUGACGAAAGAAAGAGAGAAGAUUCGUCGUCACCAUAAACUUCACGUUGACCAUGCGGAAGAAAACAUGCACAGGUUCUACAUAUGA